AUGAUACUUCCGGCAAUCCGAUCUGCAUUAUCAGCUACUUGUAGUCGAACGUUACAUGUGAACUCUGCUAAUGGCUUUCUUGCGAAUGUAGCACGUCGAUGCAAGUCAGAUGGUGUCAGAGGAGCAGUCAUUGGUAUUGAUCUUGGAACUACUAAUUCGUGUGUGGCAGUUAUGGAAGGAAAACAAGCUAAAGUAAUUGAAAAUGCGGAAGGUGUAAGAACAACGCCUUCGGUAGUUGCGUUCACUAAAGAUGGCGAAAGAUUAGUUGGUGCACCAGCAAAGAGACAGGCAGUGACCAAUUCGCAAAAUACACUCUACGCGACCAAAAGAUUGAUUGGACGACGUUUUGAAGAUCCUGAGGUGCAAAAAGAUGUAAAAGUAGUACCUUUCAAGAUUGUUCGCGCAUCGAAUGGUGACGCGUGGGUUGAGGCUCAAGGUAAAAUGUACUCACCAUCUCAGGUGGGAGCAUAUGUCUUAAUGAAGAUGAAAGAAACAGCUGAAAGUUAUUUGGGUACUACUGUUCACAACGCAGUCGUCACCGUCCCAGCAUAUUUCAAUGAUUCCCAAAGACAGGCGACAAAAGAUGCUGGUAGAAUUGCGGGUUUGAAUGUGUUGCGUGUCAUCAAUGAGCCUACUGCAGCAGCUCUAUCUUAUGGUCUGGAUAAAGCAGAAGAUAAAAUCAUAGCUGUUUAUGAUUUGGGUGGUGGUACUUUCGACAUAUCAGUUCUCGAAAUUCAGAAAGGAGUUUUCGAAGUAAAAUCAACCAAUGGUGAUACAUUCCUUGGUGGUGAAGAUUUUGAUAAUGCAUUAGUUCAUUAUCUCGUAGCUGAAUUUAGAAAAGAUUCAGGCAUCGAUAUUCACAAGGAUCCCAUGGCAAUGCAACGUUUACGAGAAGCUGCUGAAAAAGCAAAAUGCGAGUUGUCUUCAACAACACAAACUGAUAUAAACUUGCCAUACUUAACAAUGGAUGCUUCUGGACCAAAACAUAUGAAUUUGAAGUUAACACGUGCUAAGUUUGAACAGCUCGUAGCAGAUCUUAUUAAACGAACAAUAGAUCCGUGUCGCAAAGCUAUGCAUGAUGCAGAAGUCAAACCGUCGGAAAUUGGAGAGAUUCUUCUUGUUGGUGGGAUGACGAGAAUGCCCAAGGUUCAACAAACAGUGCAAGAUGUGUUCGGAAAACAACCUUCAAAAGCAGUGAACCCUGAUGAAGCAGUUGCAAUUGGAGCAGCUAUUCAAGGUGCGGUUCUAGCUGGUGAUGUAACUGAUGUUCUUUUGCUGGAUGUAACUCCACUUUCUUUGGGUAUCGAAACACUUGGUGGCGUCAUGACGAAGCUUAUUCAGCGCAAUACAACUAUACCUACAAAAAAAAGCCAAGUAUUUUCUACGGCCGCAGAUGGUCAGACACAAGUAGAAAUCAAGGUUUAUCAAGGGGAACGAGACAUGGCGACUAACAACAAACUUUUAGGGCAAUUUUCCUUGGUUGGUAUACCUCCUGCUCCUCGUGGUGUUCCACAGAUCGAAGUUACUUUUGAUAUAGAUGCAAACGGUAUCGUUAAUGUUUCAGCUAGAGAUAGAGGCACUGGCAAGGAACAACAAAUUGUAAUUCGCUCUUCGGGUGGAUUAUCAAAGGACCAGAUUGAGAAUAUGAUUCGUGAAGCUGAAAGGAAUGCUGCUGCCGAUGCUGAGCGAAAGGAAAAAGUUGAAGUCUGCAAUCAAGCAGAAAGCGUUGUACAAGAUACUGAUUCCAAAUUAACUGAAUUUAAAGAUCAGGUGGAUCCAAAAGAGGCUGAGGAAAUUCGCAAAAAACUUGAUGAAUUGAGGUCGUUGUUGGCAAACAAGGAAAACGAAACUGCAGCCAAGAUUCGCGAAGCAAUUGGUUCACUUCAGCAACAGUCUUUAAAAUUAUUUGAAGCUGUUUACAAAAAAAUGGCUGCUGAAAAUACGCAAUCUUCUGGAGGUACACAAGAAGCACAGACUGCGGAGGAACCUAAAAAGGAGGAGAGCAAAUAA